AUGACUAACUACGAACACAGUCAGGGAGGGAGAAUAUGGCUAGUAUGGAGAGAUGAAGUGAGUAUGAUUCCGGUUUACAAAACAGAUCAGUUAAUCACUUGUUCUGUCAAGUUGCCAGAUCAGGAGGAAUUCUUUUUUACUUGUGUCUAUGCUAAUAAUUUGGCAGAAGAUAGGAGGGAGUUGUGGGAGGAUUUGUGUCAUCAUAGUGACUCAAAUUUGUUUCGUAAUAAAUCGUGGAUUGUUGCGGGGGACUUCAAUGAGAUAUUAGAAGCUGCUGAAAGUUCUAGAUUUGAUGAUAUGGGAAGAACACCGAGUGGGAUGAGAGAGUUUCAGCGUAUGGUUCUUCACUGCAGAUUCUCUGAUAUGGGGUUUCAAGGUCCUUUGCAUACUUGGUGUAAUAAGAGGGAGGAAGGAGUGAUAUGUAAGAAAUUGGAUAGAGUUCUUAUGAAUGAUAUUGCCCUACUGAGAUUUUCGAGUGCUUAUUCUGUAUUUGAAGCUGGUGGUUGCUCUGAUCAUUUGAGAUGUAAGCUCCAACUGCUGCCUGAGAGUGAGAAGUUGAGAAAACCUUUCAAGUUUGUGAAUGUGAUUGGUAGUUUGCCAGAGUUUCUCCCGAGGGUUAAGGAAUAUUGGGACACUACUCCGAGACUUUUUCAUUCAACCUCUGCAAUAAAUGCAAGAGAAGCUCAUGACGUUCUGUGUGUGAAGCAGCAGGUUACUUUAACCAAUCCGUGUUCUACUUCAAUACAAGAGGAAGCAGAAGCUUAUGAUAGUUGGUUACAUGUUGCUAAUUUGGAAGAAGGUUUUCUGAAGCAGAAAGCUAAACUACACUGGUUAGAGGUGGGGGACCAAAACAAUAAGUCAUUCCAUAAUGCGGUUCGAUCAAGACAAGCGCAGAAUACUAUUCGAGAAAUAAGAUGUCAAGAUGGAAGAGUUGUCACAAAGCAGUUGGAGAUAAAGGAAGAAGCUGUGAGAUUUUUUUCGGAAUUUCUAAACCAGUCCCCUGUGAACUAUAAUGGUACCACCACAGAGGAGUUGCAGAAGCUGUUGAAGUUUAGAUGUUCAGAUGAAGAUUGUAGAUUGCUGGAAGCAGAGGUGGUGUCGAAGAUCUUAGCAAACAGACUUAAGGUGCUUCUUCCGAGAGUCAUUACUGAGAAUCAGUCGGCAUUCAUAAAAGGAAGACUACUGCUGAAGAAUGUAUUACUAGCCUCGGAACUGGUUAAGGACUAUCAUAAAGAAGCUGUUUCUCCUAGGUGUGUGUUGAAGAUUGACAUCUCAAAAGCAUUCGACUCGGUUCAGUGGUCAUUUGUCUUACAGAGUUUGGAAGCAAUUGGGAUUGAUCAAGCAGUGAUGGAGAAGAGAUUUAAGUACCAUCCACGGUGCAAAGAGUUAUCCCUCACCCACCUUUGUUUUGCCGAUGACCUAAUGGUAUUUGUGGAAGGUACUAAAGUAUCCAUUGAAGGUGCAUUGUCAGUCUUUGAGGAUUUUGCUAAGUGGUCUGGUCUAAACAUAAGCAUCGAGAAAUCAACGGUGUUCAUGGCUGGAGUGAUAGAAGAAGAAAGAAGUAGAAUCUUAAGGAACUUUCCUUUUGCAGAGGGAAAUCUCCCUGUUCGCUAUUUGGGGCUUCCUCUGAUGACCAAAGGUAUGUGUAAGUCUGAUUAUCUCCCUGUGGUGGAACGUGUACGAAAUAGGAUCAACACUUGGAACUGUAGAUUCCUAUCAUAUGCUGGCCGUUUGCAGUUGAUCAAUGCAGUUCUCAUGAGUUUGGUUAACUAUUGGGCGGCAGUGUUUAGGCUUCCAAGUCAAUGUAUGAAGGAGAUUGAACAACUUUGUGCUGCUUUCCUUUGGUCUGGUCCAGCUCUAAAAGCUACUGAGCUAAGUUUGCAUGGAAAAGUAUUUGUAAACCAAAAGAAGAAGGAGGGCUUGGUAUCAGAAGUCUGA